AUGGCAUUACCACUUUUGCCUGUGGAUAAGAAAAUGUUUGAAAAUAGUUUGCCAGUGGAAAGCUGUAGAAUAUUCCAAAGAUAUUUCCAGUAUUACAAAUCUACAUGGCUCCAAGGACCAAAUGCAGACAUCUUGUCCGUAAACAGUGUUAUUUGGCGGACAAACAACGUAUUGGAAGUUAGCCAUCAACACCUCCGCAUGCACAUAAGUAAUAUGCAUCAUCCAGAACCAUGGGUGUUUUUAAUUGAACCAAUCAUAUCUGAAAGCUGUUAUAUAUGCCAUUACUCAAUGCCCACUGUCAUAGCAAUACCAUGUAGACAUCAAGGAUUGUGUGCUCCUUGCCAUCAAACAUACAUAAGGAUGCCACCAUACAGAACAAUACCAUACUAUAGAUGCCCUUUAUGUAGAGGAGAAAUUACAACAUAUUUCAUAAUUGUUUGA